CUCUGGAAAAACUUUUACUCACCGCAGUUCCUUCUUAUCUCGAUCACAUGCAACUUGAAAACCCAUCUGCUCCAUCUUCCUGAAGACAGACAUGUGCGAUGCCCGUUUCAUCUCUCCUCCCCUCACUGUCUCUUCAUUCAUCUGCUCUCUAUCCACUCUGUGCGAAGUGCGUUGGCCGAACCGGCUCUCACAGGGUCACUUUUGAUCAUCUCCAUGCAGGAAGCGUUAUUGAAGUGCACAACAUUCCCUUCUCAUCUGUGAAACUCAGCAGUGGCACUGUUCUCAGAGGUCACUUGGGACUGGAGCUGGACUUGAUGCAAAACCAGAGCUGAGGCUGUAAGGUUAGACUGCUGGGAUUGGGUGGACACCCCUUCUCCUCUUGGGGCUGGCAUUAGAAGAUUUUAGCAUUCAUUGUGUUCAAAUGCAGAUUAUGAUGAACAACUCAAGCUAUUCAUGUGUGAUUAUGACCCAAUCGUCAAGUCACCUGCUGAUGUCCAUCUACAUCAUCGAAUUUAUCUUGGGUCUGCUGUUCAACCUGAUCACCAUUGGUCCCAUUAUCCAGCAAAUCCGCAAAAAGAACGUUUUAGGAAUUUACCUACUCAGCCUAUCUAUCUCUGAUCUCCUGUACAUCCUCACCAUGCCUCUGUGGAUACAUUAUUUCAGCAACAACCACAAAUGGACACUCAAGCAGGAACUGUGUAGCCUGUCUGGCUUCUUUUACUAUUCCAACCUUUACAUCAGCAUCUUUCUACUCUGCUGGAUCUCCAUCGAUCGCUGCCUGGCCAUCACAUUCCCACUGCGAAUCCAAGCCUUCCGCCGCCAACGGUAUGCCUGGAUCAUCUGUGGGUUGGUCUAUGUUUUUGUGAUGGUCUUGCACUGUCUGGUUCUAGCCUUGGAUAAGCUGCCAGAUCCACUGAAUGACGAGAGGUGCUACGAGACCUUCCCCAUGACGGAGCGCAUUGCCAUCUUCAACCUGAUACGGGUGGCCAUAGGUUUUCUUUUGCCACUUGUGGUCAUCACAGUCUGCUACUGUUUGAUUCCAAACAAGGUGCAGCAAAGCAGAGGGGUUGAUGAACAGGGCAAGCGCAAAGUGAGGCUUCUGUCUAUGGGAGUUAUUGGGAUUUUCUUGAUUUGCUUUGCCCCAUACCAUAUUAUACUGCUGCUACGAUCCAUCGCAUUCUUCUCUGUUGGGGGUAAAGCAAGCUGCAAGUUUGAACAAGUAAUGUAUUUACCCUUUACUUGCUCCCUAGCCCUGUCCAGCCUCAAUAGCAUGGUAGACCCAGUGCUCUAUGUGUUGGCCAGUAAUGGAGUGAGGGAGGACAUGCGUUGGUGCUGUUGGAAAAACAGGCCAACACAGGAAACAGGAAGUCCUCUUGUUGAUUCAAAAUGGAAGACCAGAGUAACCCAUUUGUCUUGAGGCCAACCUCAGGUUUUUGAAAUUGUGGGGGAAUUGACUAAGAAUUAAUUGUACCCACUGAGAGUGUGGUUUAUUGGCACAAGCUUUCUGCAUUUUUUUGGCAUCAGUUGGGUACAGCAAACUACCGCAAUUUACCGUGUUUACAAGGACUGUACAUAAAUUAGGGUUGCCAACUUUUCCCCACACAAAUAUGGGACACUGAAGCAUCUCGCUGCUACGAUAUAGGACAAUGGGCAUCUUUAUUUUGGCCAAAAUACAGGACAGUUGACAACCAUAACAGCAUCACAAUCCAACACUGUGAUCCAGGGAAAUGGACUUCAAAAGUUUGCUUUCGAAGUACAAUAAUCUAAUUGCACUCUAGAGAUGUCAUUAGUAGUUAGAAAUGAAUUACCCAUCACUGUUUGUGGGUGGUUAGUAAAUAAGUA